UCCUUCCUAAUUACGUCAAAAACAGUUGGUCGCCUCGCGGGUAGCCAGUGCAACGUCACAUCGAAGUAUACUACCUGGAUACAACGCGUGGGUAUACAGUACACCGGAUAGACUUCAGGGUGUUAAUUAAAGACUAUGUAGAAGUUUCUCUUGCAAUAUAUAAUUGAUUAACACCUUUAGGAAACAAUGCGACCUGAAACUGGAAUUGUUAUCGCUGCCUUGUUAAGCCUGAGCUGCUGCAUAACUCUGACAGCGGACAAGAAAGUGUGUCAAGGAACCAGCAACAAGCUGACUCAGCUUGGCACUGAAGACGAGCACUACAACAGCAUGGUGAGGAUGUACAGUAACUGUAGCGUGGUCCUGGAGAACCUAGAGCUGACCUACACCCAGGACUACCACGACCUGACAUUCCUCAAGUCUAUUCAGGAAGUUGGAGGCUAUGUUCUGAUCGCCUACAACAAUGCAGCCAAUAUCUCUCUGGAGAACCUGCGUCUUAUCCGAGGACAUUCCGUCUUCCAGGACAAAUACGCCCUGGUUGUCAUGUCCAACUACAAGAAGAAAGACUCCUCUGUUAGCCUCAGCUACAUCGGGGGGUUGCGGGAGCUGCGACUGACCGGGCUGACAGAGAUUCUCAAGGGGGGGGUGAAAUUCUCCCACAAUCUGUUUCUGUGUAAUGUGGACACCAUCCAGUGGUGGGACAUACUGAACAAGCCCAGCAGCCCCAGAAUAGACUUGAAACUGGAGACCAAUCCGUAUUGCGACAAGUGUGACCCUGGGUGCUACAAUGGAUCGUGCUGGGCGCCAGGACCAGAGAACUGCCAAACCUUUACCAAGCUAACAUGUCCAGAUCAGUGCUCUGGAAGGUGUAGGGGUCCAAAACCCAGUGAUUGUUGUAAUGAACACUGUGCUGCUGGCUGCACCGGACCCCGACCUACAGAAUGUCUGGCCUGCAGAGACUUUCAGGACGACGACACCUGUAAGGACACCUGCCCCCCUAUUAUGCUUUACAAUCCAACCACCCACCAGCUGGCUUCUAACCCUAACGCCAAGUACACGUUCGGGGCCACGUGUGUGAAGACCUGCCCACAUAACUACGUGGUGACGGACCAGGGGGCGUGUGUCAGAACAUGCAGCGACAACACACACGAGGUGGAGGAGAAUGGCGUGAGGAGGUGCAAGAAGUGUGAUGGGAUCUGUCCAAAAGUUUGUAAUGGACUUGGAACGGGGCAACUCACUAAUGUCUUGACAGUCAAUGGAUCUAACAUUGAUUCUUUUGAAAACUGCACCAAAAUCAACGGAGAUGUAUCCAUAAUUGAGACAUCUUUGAACGGUGAUAAUUACACAUCAACACCAAAAAUGGACCCAAACAAACUGGAAUAUUUCAAAACUGUCAAGGAAAUUUCGGGAUUUCUGCUGAUACAAGCUUGGCCUAAGCACCUCAACUCCCUCAGUCCAUUUGAAAACCUUGAGAUCAUCAGAGGAAGGACUAAACAGUUUGGUCAGGUCAGUUUCGCCGUCCUCAAAGUGGAUCAUCUGAAGUAUUUAGGCCUCCGCUCCCUACGAGAGAUAAGCGAUGGCAACGUCGUGGUGAAGAACAACCGCCAGCUCUGCUACACCAAUGAAGACCACUGGAAGGGCCUGUUCAGAAUGGAAAAACAAACCUCAAAAAUAGGCAACAAUGCAAACAUUAGCACCUGUGCCCAGAUGAACAGUACCUGUGAUGAAAUGUGCACGGCCAAGGGCUGCUGGGGGCCCGGUCCAACCAUGUGUUUCAGCUGCCAGCACUACAGCCGCGAGGGCCGCUGUGUGGGCGCCUGCCAAAUACUGGAGGGCGUGCCACGAGAGUAUGUCGUGAAUAACACGUGCAUGGGGUGUGACCAAGAAUGCAUGGUGAAGAAUGGAACCCAAAGCUGUUUUGGACCGGGCCCUGACAAGUGUCUAGCAUGUGCCCACUUCAAAGAUGGCCCCAACUGUGUCAGUCGGUGCCCACACGGCGUGCCUGGAGACGGGGAUAGGCAAAUCUGGAAAUUUCCUGACAGGAAGAGAGAAUGUCAGCUCUGCCAUGAGAACUGCACCCAGGGAUGCUCUGGACCUGGCUUGAGUGGUUGCAACAUCAAAGGUGGUCAUGUCCCUUCAGUGGUGGCGGUCAGCGUGGUGGGAGGCCUGCUGGUCUUCGUGAUCCUGGCCCUGGGUGUCUUUGUCCUGUUCCGCAGACGCUCCAUUGUCAGGAAGAGGACGCUGCGCCGGCUGCUGCAAGAGAGAGAGUUGGUUGAGCCCCUGACCCCAAGUGGCGAAGCACCCAACCAGGCCCUGCUUCGCAUCCUGAAGGAGACCGAGUUUAAAAAGAUCAAAGUGUUGGGAUCAGGAGCAUUCGGAACUGUCUUUAAGGGUGUGUGGAUUCCUGAGGGAGAAAGCAUAAAGAUCCCGGUUGCAAUCAAGGUGUUGAGAGAGGCCACGUCACCCAAAGCCAACAGGGAGAUUCUGGACGAGGCCUAUGUGAUGGCCAGUGUGGAGCACCCCCACGUGUGUCGUCUGUUGGGCAUCUGCCUGACCUCUACGGUGCAGCUCAUCACCCAGAUGAUGCCCUUUGGCUGCCUGCUGGACUACGUCAAGGAGAACAAGGACCACAUCGGCUCCCAGUGCCUGCUCAACUGGUGCGUGCAGAUCGCCAAGGGGAUGAACUACCUGGAGGAGCGUCACCUGGUUCACCGCGACCUGGCGGCCAGGAACGUUUUGGUGAAGACGCCUCACCAUGUCAAGAUCACCGACUUCGGACUGGCCAAGCUGCUGACUGCCAACGAGAAGGAGUACCACGCUGACGGGGGCAAGGUUCCCAUUAAGUGGAUGGCCCUGGAAUCCAUACUUCACUGGACCUACACCCACCAGAGCGACGUGUGGAGCUACGGUGUCACGGUGUGGGAGCUGAUGACGUUCGGGUCCAAGCCCUACGAUGGCAUCCCGGCCACGGAGAUCGCUGGCGUCCUGGAGAGAGGAGAACGCCUGUCCCAGCCCCCCAUCUGUACCAUCGACGUCUACAUGAUCAUGGUCAAAUGCUGGAUGAUUGAUGCUGACAGCAGACCGCGGUUCAGGGAGUUAAUUGCUGAGUUCUCCAAGAUGGCUCGGGAUCCGUCUCGCUACCUGGUCAUUCAGGGAGACGAUCGCAUGUACCUGCCAAGUCCAACGGACUCCAAGUUCUACCGGACCCUGCUUAGUACAUCAGGUGACACUGGAGAUGUAGUGGAUGCUGAGGAGUACCUUCUUCCCUAUAAGGUCUUACCCAAUGGGCCCACUGAGAACCACAACUCUGGGAAUUGCCAACUAAUGCGAGAGAACAGUGUGACCCUUCGUUACAUCACUGACCCCACCCAUGGGGGCUCGAUGGAGAAGUGUUUCCCCUUCCCUCCAGAAUACAUCAACCAGAACGGGAGCCGCAGGCUUUCGGACGUCUUCAAUCCCAACUACGAGGAUCCCAGCGAGCAGGUCUGGUGUAUUAGGCGCUCCUCUUGGGACAACCAGGAUGUUAAGGUACCCAGCAUUCUGCCGCGUGUCCCAGAGGGGCCAGAGUACCUCAACACAGGCCGCAGUACCCUCCCUCGCUCCUUUGGUGAGAGUAUGGACAACCCAGACUACCAGGAAUGCUUUCUGCCCCCGGCCACACCCACCACAAGCCACUUCCUGCCUGCAGCAGAAAACCUGGAGUACCUUGGCUUGAGCGCUCCUGUGCACGCCCCUGUACGCUAGGAAGGUUCCCUCCACGCUGAACAGGAGACUGACAGACGUUGGAGUCUAAAGAAACUUGGAUGGGGGACCGUUGUAGGACUUGAAUUACAUUUUGUAAGAAUUCAAGCGUGGCUGUCCCUGUACUUCUGGGCCUUCUGCGUCAGUGUUGGUGGUUGAGAUGAAGCAGCACUUGUAAAAAAAAAAAGAUGACGUACGUCGUGGACUUAAGCUGUUGAAAAAUGCUUACUCUUUUUCGAAUUCAUCAAGCAACCACCCGCCUGGACACCUUUCAGUGACUUUCAGAAGAAUGAGCCAAAGCCUCGACAUCAGAGUUAUGUCACGUGAUUUGUACACUGUUGUUUGUCCCGUCCGGGUCAGGGGAGUGGAACACUUGUUUUAUCAUUUUCUUGCUAUGAAAUGUGAAUAUGGAGAGAACUGAGACAAUAACCACUAAGGCAGUAGUUGACACUGUGAUGAAAGAUAAUGCCUGUAUUACACACUUGAAUGCUGUCACUUCAUCUGUAUAGAGUACUGAAAACUACCACCAGUAAAUAAUGAUAACUUUUGGAAAAUAACACAAAACUGGUGGAGAUCAACGCAUGCGUCAUUUACAACAAAAUAUUAGGUAUUUAUUCAGGCCUGAUGAGAAUUAUCAUUGCUGUAGUGAACAUUUUAAGUCAUACAACACACAGGUACUUCCCUGUAGAAGCACAAAUACGCAUGGACACUACAUAAUGCUUCAACGACACACAUAUAGCCAAAAGAAACUGGACACAUUUAUGGUACAUAAUUAUGUUGAUGCUUUAUCAUGUGGAAGGCCUUACUCUGGUACAGUGUUAUAACACUGCAUGGUAACUGUAACCAAGUAUUUGGUUGAAAGUUGUCACAAAGGACAAGUGACAUAAGAAUGAUUUCAAAUGUCUGUACCUGAAUAUAGAAAUAUGGGGAACAGUCACAAAGCUACACUCUUAACAUGCUCUGCACUAAGAAUGUUGUCGUUAAAAAGUGUUAAAUACUGUAUUAGUUACUAUUUGUCAUUGUCAACUAUGGAUCUAACUUACUACUGUGAGUGAAAGUCUGUCAUGUACAGUAUUGUUUUUAUAUUUUUACAUAAUUUAUGAAGAUGUAAAAAUACUGAUUGGGACCAUGCAGAUCUUCACCGGGUUAACUGAACCCUGACAUUGUUUGAAAGCUAGAAAUGUUUGCAUUAUCUAAAAAGAGACCAUCAUCAUUAUUGUUUUUGAGUCUAGCUAUGUAAAAUGUUUUUAAAUGUCAUACAGACUAUUAGUUUGGGAUAAUAAUAGCCUAGAUUCAGUCACUUUGUAAAACUUCGGCACCUCUAACAAUACAAAAAUGUUGUUCACGUUU